AAAUUUUACUUGUUAAAGAUACAACUAGAUGGAGAUAUUGUUGACAAAAAAAGUUUUUUUUUAUCGAAAAUCAGAAUCGAAUCACAAAUGAGACUGAAAUUUUUUCAGUCUAUUGAUUGUUUUCUGCAUCUUCUUCAUCAUGUAUUGUUAAUCUGUGAAUAAAGUUCAGUAUAAAUUUACGAGACAAUGUGAAUAACUUGAUUAAAGUAAAUUGACAAGGUGAUCAUACAGAAAAGAAACAGUUUAUCAAACAAAUUAAUAUAUUCGAGAAAAAGUUCAAUGGAAGAAUCAAAUUAUUGUCUCUUACCGGUCAAUAUUUCAAGUGAUAAUAACACAGAUAGUAAUUCAACCGAGCGAUGAUCGUACUCGUGAAGAUCAAAUAGUUUUGUACAAGUUACUUUGUCCACCUUUAAUCUUUGCUUGCCUUGUCUCCGUGGUACUAAAUAUCGGCCUUAUCAUUGUCGGACGAAUGGGAACCCAUAGGAAGUCACCCGUUCUGAUACUCUCUCUGAAUCUUGCCUGUACCGAUACAAUCGCCUCAAUACUAAACGGCCUUGGUGUCGUUUUCAAUUCUUACCUUCCCGUUGUGUUUAACGUUCAUUUCGAUACGUGUCCCUUUCUGGCCAUUGAAAUUUUCCGUUCAUCGGCAUUGAUCUCAUCAGUCCUUCAUCUUUUAGCAUUGGCAUUCAUUCACUACAAAGGAAUAGUUCGUCCUCUCCAUUAUCGAGUUCGAACAUUUUUCUCACAUCAUGUAACCCGAAGUAUCCACUUGAUCAGUGCUAUUUGCUGGGGUAUUCCUUUAACAGCAUUCACCAUAUACUUUUAUUCAAUUCCCUGUCAAGGUUUCCGAUCAUCUAGCUGUGACUUCCGUUUCCUGGCCUCUAAACGAUAUCGAUUAUUUAUUCUGGCCUUUUUCCUCAUCCCAUUGGUUAUAAUGUUUUUCCUUUAUGCUAAAAUAUUUAAGAUAAUUAGAGCUAAUCAACAGAUGAGAUAUUCAUCUAAUGGAGUUGUUAAUUAUGAUAAAGUUUUCCAAUCUACUUCAUCAUCAGCUGAUCAACAGAGUAACAAUCAAAAUAAGGUUAACUCACUUGCUACAGCAGCGGCCAUUUUACUAGUCCAAAAUGAGGCCAAAAGUACAAAAUCAACCUCGACAGUGACCACAACAAUAACGACGACGACGACGACAAUUUCACCUCGACAUGUUUUCAUAUUUCGUAAUUACAUUCGUGCUAAUAACAUUAAUCACAAUAAAACUGGACAAUCAGAAUCAAAUUCAACAACAACCUCAUCAUCAUCAGUACCAAACAGUAUUGAUCAUAAUCACCAACAACAAUCAGUUAAUUACAAUGAUCAAGAUACUAAACAACAAUUGUUACAAAGUUCAACAUCUUUACUAUCCUUAAAUGAGAAGCAACAAUUAACCUGCUCUUCAAUGAAAUCAAUUAAAGGGAAACAAUUAAACAAUAAAGACUCAGAUGAUAAUAAUAAUUUAGAUUCUAAUAAAGGUUCAACUGUAAUUAAUUCUGAUAAUAAUACCGAACCGAUCAAUAAUUAUCGACAUAGAUUAAUUUCAUUGAAAGAUAAUCGAUCGGCAACAAUUGGACCAACUAAAUCAAAUACGAAAGCGCUAAUUACAAGUCUACUUAUAUUGGGAACUUAUCUCUUGUGUUGGCUACCAGCGGUCACUUUUCUGAUACUGACCUGUUCCGAUGGUUGCCCUUAUUCAAUAUUUAAUUUACCUCGAAAAUUGUUAAUCAUAAUCAGCUCAAUUUGUAAUUUUCUGGUCAUUUGUAAGGCCAUUGUUGACCCGUUCAUUUAUAUUUUCAGGACUCGAGAGGUUAAGUUUGCCAUUAGAAAAAUUUUCAAAUCAUCAAAGGGAUCACAAUCAACUAAUCACUAUGGUAAUCAAGUUAAUCAACAAUCGGAUGGACGAAGGACUUUCAAUAAUAGAUCAACAAUUAGUGGAUCAACUAUCACCAAUGGUGGAUCGACUUAUAAUAAUUAAAAUUAAUCAUUUAAAACAACUAAUUCUCAGUUAUAUAUAUUCAAUUAUAUUGUAUCAUUUUAAUUGUUAACAAUCAAUUGAGAAUAGGAAAAAAAAAAUUAAAUAACUUUUAUAUAUUAAUUGAUAAAAUUUUCAUCUGCUAAUAUUAAUUAA